AAGAGCUAGAAAAGGGAAUCAGCUCAAACCUAACAGGAUGCAAGGGGGCCAUCUGAACUGCAUUUUUUAAACCUACAGGAACCUCUCAUCUACCAUGCCCAGAGAAUGAAGUCUCCAGUCACGCUGAUAAAAAGUAUCUUACCCUAUAUCCUUCUAGUAAUGCUGGCUCAAAGCAACUAUCAAGUUUACGGAUUUGAUGCCAGUGACUGUCCAGUAGAAAUUCAAGUUCAAAGAAACUCUGAAUACGUAACUAAUAUUGGUAACUCCUUGAUCAUAUACUGUCCAGUCCAUUACUGCAAGGAAAGACCCUUCAUCCAGUGGUGCAAGAUAGAGGCGCAUGAAUGUGUGCCGCUGGAUAACAGCAAAGCAGAAUGGAAUUCCACUGUGUUUAUUCUGAAGUUUUUCGCCAUUCACCAGAAUGAUAGCGGGAUGUAUCGCUGUCAAGCAGUAACAGGCAACUUCUUCAGCGAGAGCAAUGAAAUAAAGGUUAUUGUUGAAGAAAAGUCUGAGAACAUUAUCACAACUUCAUCAGAAAAUACCACUAGUAUAUCAGAAGAGUCCCAAGAACCUGGAAAAAACAAGAUAUUGCACAUUAUUUAUUCUUCAGUAUCCGUGGGUCUAUGUUGUCCAUUCAUCUUCAUAUGCAUGUUUUCAUGUCUCAGAAGGCACCAUGCAAAGCAAAAGAGAACUCCAUUGACACCGCAGAGACUAGAGAGCCUGGUCAGAAGUCCAGCAGCUGUUCCAUCCCACACUGCUGGGACAACUCAAGCUUCAGAUGAAAGCUCUUUGCUUUACUGCUCCAUGGCUAGCCCACAGCAGCUCUUGUAUGCCAACACAAUUUAUGACAAUGAUGUUCCUCGCUGGAAUGCUAAGAGGACAGUACCUAAUGCACCUAAUGAUCCUUCCAUCCCAGCUUCACCUGAAAGCCCAGAUGUCCUCAUAUAUGCUACACUAGAUCAUUCUGCUUCUGCAGAAAAAUGCCAGAGAAGGGAACUGUCUGUAGAAAAUGAAUUUACAGAAUAUGCCUCCAUUAAUGUAAAUAAAUAAAUAUAACAAGGACUUCUCCAGACUACCAUUUUGCAUGCUGUCUCAGAUCUAGCUUCCCUCCAGGAUGCUGUUCCUUUAUCUCCCAGGAAAACUUCCUUUUUGUUUAGAAGAACCUGUGGAUGCUCCCUGCUACAUACCGGAAUUCAAAAUACAGUCCAUGCUGUGUGAAUAGGUGGGUAUUUCCAUUGUGUAUUUGUCUCUUAAAGGGGCGAAUAAAAAGAAACAGUCAACUUUUUCAUUC